CCGGCAUGUGGGGAGCUUAGACGUGACCACGCGCUUGUCUCAUGCACCUUCUUGAACGGACAAGUAAAUCUAGUUGAGCACCACUAUAUAUUCCAGAAUACCAAGAACGCUUCUAAGAUACCAUCUACGUUUACUCGUUAAUUCAUAUCCAACAUGUCUGGCAUCAACCUCCCCAAGAACGCUCACGUCUCGACACACCCAUGUCUCCAAGCGAAGCUCUCACAGCUGCGAUCGGCGAGCACAGGGUCCAAAGACGCGCAAACGCUGGUGCAUGAAUUGGCUCUCAUGGUCGGUUAUGAAGCUCUGGCCGCAGGCUUAAAGGCACAACCGGCGGGCACAGACAAAUCCCCCCUCGGCUACGAAUACACCACAACCACCACCUCCCCCGCACCCACCUCCAUAUCCCUCGUCCCCAUCCUCCGCUCAGGACUCUCCAUGGUCCCAGCCCUCUCCUCCCUCCUCCCCACCCCCGUCCCAAUCCACCACCUUGGUCUCUACCGCGAAAAGUCCACCCUCCAACCCGUAGAAUACUACAACAACCUACCCUACCACACCCCGCACAACACCGCCGCGGGCUCAACAUCUCCCCAACCCGAGCUGGCCAUCAUCGUAGACCCCAUCAUCGCUACGGGUGCGACGGCACAAGCGGCAAUCGACACGUUGAAGGACUGGGGCGUGAAGAGGAUCAUCGUCGUGAGCAUAUUGGCGACGGAGGAGGGGCUGCAGAAGGCGUGUGGAGAGUGGGAAGAGGGUGUUGAGGUGUGGGUUGGUGGGUGUGACAAGGGGGUUGAUGAGAAGGGCAUGAUCAAGCCUGGCCUGGGAGACAUUGGAGAUAGGCUGUUUAUGACAUUGGGAAAAUAGGUUAUGAUACCAUGAGUGUUGACGUGAAAUGGAAACGCGUUUGUCAUGAAACAAAUCGGCUUUCUGCAUGGUUCUCAGGUGCUUUGGUUACGACUCUUGCGUUUGGCUUCUUGCACUUUGGUGUUGUUGCAGGUUGGCGAAAAACAGUGACUUGCUUUAUAUGCGUU